CGAAAGCGCAAGCGAACUGAGAAGGGGGGACUGAAGAAAGGGAAAGCGAAGAGGAACGAAAAGAGAGACUGGAUAAGAACCCUUUUUGUGCACCAAGUACUUGAAGAAUAGAUAGGACCUUGUGAUAUUAUUGCCUAAAGCAAGGCGAGGAGUUUAUUUACGUCUGGGUUUUAUCACUGGCUAGUUUAUAUGGGAAGCUAGCUCGCUCGCUAGUAGGAUCCUACAGCAGUAGCGCGGGAGCAGGCAUCCUUGGACGCACGGCCACAUCGGAGGCUUGCACUUGCAGGCAGUUUCUGUGCCUCCGGGAGGCUCCUAGCUAACUGGGCAAAUUACUAGACACGCAUUGGAUCAUCAGAAGUUAUCAGGGACGAGAUGAGUGGCGACGAGAUGAACCCCGCAGCGGUGGCCGAGCCGGUGGAGGAUGUGCAAGGCGACGGGCGCUGGAUAUCCCAGCACAUGCGGUUUGUUCAAGAGUGCAAGGAUGCUGAGCCUGAGGUGCUGUUUGUGGGAGACUCCAUGGUGCAGCUUAUGCAACAGUACGAGAUCUGGCGAGAGAUCUUUUCUCCUUUGCACGCGCUCAACUUCGGCAUUGGGGGGGACACCACCUGUAAUGUGCUGUGGAGGCUGCAGAACGGAGAACUGGAUAACAUCAGACCCAAGGUUGCGGUGGUGUGGGUAGGAACCAACAAUCACGAGCACACAGCGGAGCAAGUUGCAGGGGGGAUCCUCGCCAUCGCACAGCUGCUCACCUCCCGCCUUUCCAAGGCCAAGGUCGUCGUGCUGGGCCUGCUGCCUCGCGGCGAGAGGCCCAACCCCCUGAGGGAGAAGAACGCGGCGGUCAACGGCUUCCUGCGCUCCUGGCUCCCGCGGCUGGGCCAGGCGCAGUUCCUGGACGUGGGCGCGGGCCUCGUGCACACCGACGGCUCCAUCACCCCCCAGGACAUGUUUGACUUCCUGCACCUGACGGCGGCGGGGUACCGCGCCGUGGCCAAGCCCCUGAGCGAGCUGCUGCUCCAGAUCCUGGAGGAGAAGCCCGAGGAGAGGAAGGCCUCGCUGGUCUGAGGGGAUGGGGAUGGGGA